AUUAGUUCACCUUAUUUUGCUCUGAGAAUUCUGACAAGUUGGUCGUGAAAAAAUACAAGAAUGAUUGGAAUGAAAAUUCUUGUUGUAUUUGCUCUCUUCGCUUUUAUUGAAUGCAAAAGAGGCAAGAGAGAUGUUUAUAGGAAUUAUGAUCAAGCCAUAAAACAAGACCGAGAAAUGAUGGGCAGAAACUAUUUCAUGGCACGAGACCCGCGACGACAAAUGAGAAAUGAGAAUUAUUUCGCGCCACUUGGACGGGGAGACCAAUUACGUCAACCAAAUGAUAAUUAUUUCUUAGCACGAGAUCAACGAAUACGACAAAUGUUAAAUCGAAGAUAUUUUGUAUCGCAGGACCAAGCACGUCAAUUUUUACAGAGAAAGCGUGCUUUUGAUAUCGACGGCUGUAUAAAGAGUUGUUUAAAUAACUAUUCAUCAGAUCCUGUUAGAUGUUGCCAAAACAUAUGCCGUGUUGCGACUUGUUCCAUGUAAAAUAAAGAACCAUGCCGAAUCUGAUCACCAAAGAGCACGAGAAUCAGCAUCGAUCUCAUCUCACCAGAAACAUUUUUGUAAUAUUUUUUUAUUGAUAAGUUGAACCUUUUAUCAAAAUAAAAUGAUUUUUCUAUAUA